UGUAAACAUAGCAAUAUUCAGAAAGAGAGACUUCGGUGUAUUGAUAGACGCCUCUCAAGUACAUGAAUAAUAUGGCUUCUCUCCGUCGUCUUGCUAAAGACCAUGCAGCACUGCGGUCUGGAUUGCCUCCAAACUACCUGUUCCCAGACGCCGACCCUGAUUCAUCGCUUCAGGACGAUCUCACCCAACUUGUCAUCUGCAUUACCGGCGCCGAAGGCACACCCUACGCCGAAGGAUUAUGGCGUCUGCAUCUGAAAAUGCCCCAUGACUACCCUAAAAGCCCCCCAAAAGCGACCUUCCAGACGCGGAUAUACCACCCAAACGUUGAUCCCACGACAGGAGCAGUGUGUCUAGAGACGUUAAAAAGAGACUGGGAUCCCAAGCUAACGCUGAAAGACAUUCUCAUCACCAUAUCAUUUUUGUUGAUUCAGCCCAACCCUGACUCUGCAUUGAAUGCUGCUGCAGGCGCUCUGAUCCAAGAAAACUACGACACUUUUUCUGCACAGGCGCAGUUGAUGACGAGAAUCCAUGCGCCCAUUCCGAAGCAAAUGUCAAAUGCUGUUCAGGAAGCGAAGCGUAGAGGGGAAGAGCCUGAGCAUGGAUCAACAGAGAAACGAUCAUCUUCCCGAGAAAACCCUGUGGAAGACGACACGAAAGAGAAUGAACCUAGCCAGUCGAUCGCAGCGGCCAAGGGUACAAUAACAGGCACGAAAGAGAAACGGGCGCUCUCGGAAAUAACACUGCUUGAUGAAAAUGAUACGCAAAAUUGGUCUGAGGAGACCGAAGAGCCAAAACGGAAGUCCCCCAAAACGGUGGGAACGUCUGCGCCUGACCAGACCAAGGCAGGACCUUCAAAUUUCUCAGAUAACCGCCCGGCGCACAAAAACGAAGUUGAAGAGCAAGGCGAAAUCACACAAAAUAGGCUGAAUUCGCGAUGCGAGUUGCUGGCGUCGAAAUUGACCGCAACACGAAAGGUCUCCAACACAAAUGCAGGAAAGAAGAAGCUGCCGCGAAUAGGUAUCCGGAGACUUUGAGGCGGGGACAGAAACGAUGUCCGGGGUGUUCUAGAUCUUCUUUGUGUUGGUCCGAGCGUUCAAGCGGAUUUCUUGAAUACAGGUAAAGGGAGGGGCGUGUCGUGUCGUUGGUAUGUCACUUUUGGGGCUGGGAACCACGUUGCCACCGACUUACGUGGCGCGGGAAUUUCCAGUCAGGGACAGAACAUGUCCAUAGUUCGCACUGGCACUGUAUUCGGUAUGUUCGGUGGAAUAACAGCGUUUUAACCUGCCCGCCACAGACCGCCGAAGAGCACCUACAUAGCCACCGGUCAGUGCCAAAAUGAUGGCGAGGUGUUGUCAGACAAUUAAGAGAGGAACAUCUGAGAGCCAACGACCUUCGAUUUUUUCCACUGGCGGCCGUGC